GUUUAGUUCAAUCUCUCUCUCUCUCUCUCACUCUCAUUCAUCGGCCUCAGAUUUCACCCCUGAAACAGAGAGCGAAACAACAACCCAGCUGUAGAUUCAUGGGUGGCCUCAUCUGAUUCUUGCUUUUGAAGCUAGCGUUAGUUGGAUUUGUAUUUUCGACCAACUGGGUAUUUGAAUCUGUUUUGAAGAAGCAGGGGACGUUACAAGGAAAGUGGGAGCUUUCCUGAAAAUGGCAAACUACUAUGACAUUGAUGAUAUUAUUAUGGAGCAACAGCUCGUCCCGGUUGUUUUCCAGAAAGCAGUAAAUGGGGUGGAGAUUGAUCCUAGUGCUGAAACUGAUUAUGUUGAAGCCGGUUCAAAGGUAGAGCUGCCUUUAUGGCUUGCUUAUGAGUUACACCUCAAACAAGUAGUAAAGAUGAAGGUUCCUGCCUGUUUCAAUCACAGAACAAAGCUGGAACUUGGGGCUGAUGGUGCAGCUGUAGAUUUGAGAUCUCGAUGUCUAUACUUCUAUGAAUUUGGAUGCAAGAUAGCACCAUUGAUUGGUGACAGAGACAUGGGGUCUUUCCUACUAUCUGCAUUCAGAACCAGGUACCAGCAAAUCCUGGCAAAGGCACAUAAUGCAGCAUUUACGGCACCUUCGAAAUUGUUGAGUUUCUUAACAAAAGAAGAAACCAACUUGUAUGAGGCAGCUCAAUCCUCAAUGGCAGCCUUCAAGAAGUGGCGGAUCGGUGGCCCCCGAUUCGAAAGAGCUUCUGUUCUUGGGAGGAAGAGGAAAUCAACUGACUAGUUGAUCCAUCUUUUUUCUGAAUCAUUGCCUCAGGUUGUAAUUUUUCCCGAAAUGCAUCAGUUCUUAUAGUUUUCUCCAAACACCAUUUUAUAAUUUAUGAAAUUUAUUUCGCGGCCCCUAACUCACGACGGGUAGCAAUGGAUUGUCUUCGAGUUUAAUUGUAUGUCAUGUUUUUAUCAAUUUACGAGUUUAUUGACA